CUCGUCGACAGAAACAGUCGCGUCAACCGGUAAACAUAACGGAAAGAGCGCGUGCGUGCGUGAGUGUCUCGCCUGGUCUGGGAUAAGAGUGAACCGUUUUUCGCGUUAGUUUACCAAAACUUUUGUUGUGGGCCAUAACUCUCUGUGCCGUGUUGUGACCCGCUAAAAAUAAGUGCAAUCUGCUUAAAUCAGAAUUUAAUUUGUCUCUGUUCUUUUAUCAGACGAGAACUGAUAAACGUACAUACCAUACGAGGAAGUGGAAAGAACAGAACAGAGCACAUUAUCUCUAGUGCCUGGACAGGGCAAAACUUGUUUCGAGAAGCUCUUGUGCAAAUUGCCGAUCAAUUUGUAUGUAAAGAAGGAAAAAGGCAGCAGCAAACAACAACAAACAAAGAAAAUAAACAAGUAUACAUCAUACAUACAUACAUAUGUACUAGCACGCUUGUAGGGAAAAGUUUCUAAGGGCACAUCGCACCGCAUCCCAUCCCAAGUGGUUUAUCUUGAUGUCAAAGCUUAUCUCGCGUCGCCUCGAGAGCGCUCUGUGAGGGUGUUCGUUCCGGUAGUGCGCUGUGUUCUGUGAGUGCGAGUGAGUCCAAAGCUCUAGCUAAUACAGCUAGAGUCGAGUGGACUAGACAGACAGUCGCUUAGAUCCAAGAGCGCGACAUAGAGAUCAGAUCGUUUAAGUCAGACUCCAUCCGAGUACAGAGUCUUCCCCAGCCUGGCUCUAGUUACGUUACUCUUCCGCUUGAUUAACUGUGCGUAGCAGCGUAUCGUAUACAUUAUGACAGCUGAGACACUCAAACCGUUUAUAACACCAACGAGUGCCGCCGGCAGUUUUCCGGACAAGCAAUCGAGCGCAGCGAAAGCCCAGCGCAAGACGCGACAGCUCAUCCCAAUUGUCUUAAGUGUUGUCGGUCUGGCCCUGGUCGUAGCCAUCCUCAGCUUAACGAUCUGGCAGUCGUCGCGUGUCACGCAUUUGGACAAGGAGCUGCAGAGUCUUAAGCGGGUCGUCAGCAGUCUCCAGCAGCGUUUGGGCAUACAAUAUCUGGAUGAGCUUGACGAUUUCCAAAAGGAGUACGAGAAUGCGCUCAUUGAAUAUCCCAACAAGCUGGACGGCAUCCCCGACGAUGACGACGACGAUGAGGACAUAGAUGCAGAUGCUGAGGAUACGGAGGAUGGCUUCUUCAUCGACCAUGGAAUGGAUGAAGGAGACGGCAGCCUCUAUGACGAGUACGAUGAACCGGAUGAGACCACGCCAGCGCCUAAUGUGGAGGAACCGGAAUCGGAUGGCAACAACAGCGCCUCCUCUGCCUCGAACGAUGACAACGUCUACGAUGACUUUACCAACUACAACGAUUCCAAAAAGAAGAAGCAUAGGAGGAAGUCUCGCUCGAUUGCUGACGCCGAUGUCCGGAAUGAGGUGCAGACAACCCAAGCCAACCAAACGGAGCUGAAUGAGAAGGCGGCCUCCACUGAGGCCAAGGAGCGCUCUUCCUCGGUGCAGCAGCAACACCAUCAUCGCCGCAGGCUGCGGUCCCGCAUCGGACGGCAGCGGGUUCUGGUACGGAAAGGUGAAUCUCUUAUUUCAGCCAAAUCCACAACCGAUUCCGGCUCCCGCACCCCAGCCGCUCACUUCCAUUUAAAUCGCAAGGUGCCGCACCACAAUGCCCCCAUUCAACUGAGUUCGCACCAGGGUGACAUGUACAUUGGACAUGCCACAGCUGGCAGCGACACCGCCUGGCAGGAGUACUUCAGCAUCAGCAACGGAGUACUGACGGCCCAUCAGCCGGGACUGUACUAUGUGUAUGCACAGAUCUGCUACAACAACACGCACGAUCAAAACGGGUUCAUUGUGUUCCACGGACACAACGCCUUCCUGCAGUGCCUGAACACGGUGCCCACGAACAUGCCCCAGAAGGUGCACACGUGCCACACCAGCGGCCUGAUCCAGUUGCGCGAACAGGAGUCGAUACACUUGCGCGACAUUCACAGCGAUCGCAAUGUAUUGCUGAGGGACUCAAACAAUCGCAGCUACUUUGGCAUCAUCAAAGUGUAGGCUGGAAGAAAGCCCCCAACCAGCCAGCCUCGUGGCCAGCUUAAGCUUUAGUAGUCCUGUCCCUGCGCUGGACUGCUCGUGAAUACGAUCCAUCGCCUGCAUGGAUAUGGAUCCGUUAGUUCGUAGCCCUUCCUUAGCCCUAGUUACACUCAUAAUCUACACAUAAUCUCAAGCCGAAUCAUGCACAAUGAACGGAGAAAAUGCUAAAUGCUGAAAACUACAUGAAAAUUCAUAUUUAUUUUGUAUAUAUUCUAUUCCUUUGCGUAUAAACUCUACGAUACCAUGAAAACAAGUGAA